CGAUGGGUAUAAAAGGCUGGGAAGUGGCUCGACAGCUCUCAUCUCGCACUACGGCUCUCCUAAACAGGAACAUCUCAAGACAACAGCACAACACAGGAGAGAAAACAACAGCACAGCGUGGUUAGCGGACCAAGCAACCAGUCAACAUGAACGUCCCCGCCGCAUCAGUAUUCUUGGGAGUCCUCUCCAUCGCCUACGGCGGCUUCCUGCACGGUGGUGGCGGUGGCGCCGUCCUUCACGGUGGCGUUGGUAGCGUCCUUCACGGUGGCGUAGGGGGCGUGGCCGUCCACCAUGCCGCUCCCGCUGCCACCUUCGUCCAACACGCGGCCCCGGCCGUCGCCGUGAGCCGCCCCGCCGUCAGCUUCGCGGCCGCCCCAGCCGCCGCUGUCGUCCACCACGGUGCGGCGUACGCCGCCCCAGCCGCCACUUUCGCUAGACCAGCGGGUCUCGGCUUCGGCUUCGCCCAGCGCUUCGUCGCGUCGGCUCCGGCUGUGAGCUACGUCCAGCACGCCGCUCCCGCAGUCGCUGUCAGCCGCCCCGCCGUCAGUUUCGCGGCCGCUCCUGCCGCCGCAUACGUCCAGCACGCAGCUCCGGCCUUCGCUGUGAGCCGCCCGGCAGUCAGCUACGUCCAGCACGCCGCCCCAGCAGUAGCCGUCGCCCGCCCGGCCGUCAGCUAUGUCCAGCAUGCCGCCCCAGUUGCCAGCUACGGUGUAGGCUAUGGUGCAGGCUACGGUGUAGGCUAUGGUGCCGGUCUUGGCUUCGGUCGCACCUAUGCUGCGGCCCCAGCCGUCGCAGUAAGCCGUCCCGCUGUGAGCUUCGCUGCACCUGCCGUCGCCGCCGCUCCGGCUGCUGUCGCAGUUCACCAUGCUCCCGCCGUUUCCUACCGCACCGCUGCCGUAGCCGCUCCAGUCGCCACCUUCGGUGCCGGCCUUGGCUUCGGACACGCUUACGGUGCCGGCCUCGGCUACGGCUACGGCCAGAGCUUUGCUGCCCCAGCCUUUGCCCGCCAGGUUUCCUUCUCUGCUCCGGCCGUUGCUGCAGCACCUGCCGCAGUAGCAGUCCACCACGCAGCUCCAGCCGUCGCCGUCACCCGCCCCGCCGUCAGCUAUGCCGCUCCGGCUGCCGUCGCCGUCCACCACGCUCCGGCCGUCGCCUACCGCACAGCGGCCGUCGCUGCUCCAGUCGCCACCUUCGGUGCCGGCCUUGGCUUCGGACACGCUUACGGUGCCGGCCUCCGCUACGGCUACGGCCAGAGCCUUGCUGCCCCAGCCUUUGCCCGCCAGGUUUCCUUCUCUGCUCCGGCCGUUGCUGCAGCACCUGCCGCAGUAGCAGUCCACCACGCAGCUCCAGCCGUCGCCGUCACCCGCCCCGCCGUCAGCUAUGCCGCUCCGGCUGCCGUCGCCGUCCACCACGCUCCGGCCGUCGCCUACCGCACAGCGGCCGUCGCUGCUCCAGUCGCCACCUUCGGUGCCGGCCUUGGCUUCGGACACGCUUACGGUGCCGGCCUCCGCUACGGCUACGGCCAGAGCCUUGCUGCCCCAGCCUUUGCCCGCCAGGUUUCCUUCUCUGCUCCGGCCGUUGCUGCAGCACCUGCCGCAGUAGCAGUCCACCACGCAGCUCCAGCCGUCGCCGUCACCCGCCCCGCCGUCAGCUAUGCCGCUCCGGCUGCCGUCGCCGUCCACCACGCUCCGGCCGUCGCCUACCGCACAGCGGCCGUCGCUGCUCCAGUCGCCACCUUCGGUGCCGGCCUUGGCUUCGGACACGCUUACGGUGCCGGCCUCCGCUACGGCUACGGCCAGAGCCUUGCUGCCCCAGCCUUUGCCCGCCAGGUUUCCUUCUCUGCUCCGGCCGUUGCUGCAGCACCUGCCGCAGUAGCAGUCCACCACGCAGCUCCAGCCGUCGCCGUCACCCGCCCCGCCGUCAGCUAUGCCGCUCCGGCUGCCGUCGCCGUCCACCACGCUCCGGCCGUCGCCUACCGCACAGCGGCCGUCGCUGCUCCAGUCGCCACCUUCGGUGCCGGCCUUGGCUUCGGACACGCUUACGGUGCCGGCCUCGGCUACGGCUACGGCCAGAGCUUUGCUGCCCCAGCCUUUGCCCGCCAGGUUUCCUUCUCUGCUCCGGCCGUUGCUGCAGCACCUGCCGCAGUAGCAGUCCACCACGCAGCUCCAGCCGUCGCCGUCACCCGCCCCGCCGUCAGCUAUGCCGCUCCGGCUGCCGUCGCCGUCCACCACGCUCCGGCCGUCGCCUACCGCGCAGCUGCCGUCGCUGCUCCGGUCGCCACCUUCGGUGCCGGUCUUGGCUUCGGACACGCUUACGGUGCCGGCCUCGGCUACGGCUACGGCCAGAGCUUUGCUGCCCCAGCCUUUGCCCGCCAGGUUUCCUUCUCUGGUCCGGCCGUUGCUGCAGCACCUGCCGCAGUAGCAGUCCACCACGCAGCUCCAGCUGUCGCAGUCACCCGCCCCGCUGUCAGCUAUGCCGCUCCGGCUGCCGUCGCCGUCCACCAUGCUCCGGCCGUCGCCUACCGCGCAGCUGCCGUCGCUGCUCCGGUCGCCACCUUCGGUGCCGGUCUUGGCUUCGGACACGCUUACGGUGCCGGCCUCGGCUACGGCUACGGCCAGAGCUUUGCUGCCCCGGCCUUCUCCCGCCAGAUCUCAUACUCUGCUCCAGCCGUCGCUGCAGCCCCUGCCGCAGUAGCUGUCCACCACGCUGCUCCAGCAGUAGCAGUCCACCACGCUGCUCCAGCAGUCGCAGUCCACCAUGCUCCGGCCGUCGCCUACCGCGCAGCUGCCGUCGCCGCCCCGGUCGCCACCUUCGGUGCCGGUCUUGGCUUCGGCCACUCCUACGGAGUCGGUCUUGGCUACGGCCACGCCUUCGCUGCCCCGGCCUUCUCCCGCCAGGUCUCCUACUCUGCUCCAGUCGCCGCAGCCCCGGCUGCAGUAGCAGUCCACCAUGCUGCUCCAGCGGUCGCCGUCCACCACGCCGCUCCAGCCGCCGUAGCCUACCGCACUGCCGCCGUUGCUGCUCCUGUAGCCACCUACGGUGCUGGUCUUGGCUUCGGCCAUACCCUUGCCGCUGCUCCCGCUUUCGCGCACAACGUUCACUACAAGACCAUCAUCAACGGAGGUGCUGGCCUCGGCUAUGGUGCCGCUGCUCCCCACAUCAAGAUCCUCAGCCCCGUGAAGAAAUAAGCUGUGACGUCCUCAUGCUCAAGGGGAGCGUCACCACCCGGGCGGUCUGGGACAACGGUAGCCACCACUGGCGCUCUUCUCAGCAGCAGGCUUAUUUAUUGCUCUCAAUAGCCACUAUGCUGCCCUUGUCCGCCGCCCGGACCAGAUGCAGACAGGAUCUGCUGGGACGCGUUAUGCACGCCCUAGAGAAAGAAAAUAAAUCGUUCUUUCGCUGGAGAACAA